AUGCGCUCGCUUCUGCUGGACAAGCUGCGCGCACGCCUGGACGCGCGCGGCUUGAGCGACGUGGCCUACGCGCUGCUCAGCGAGCGCGGCCCCCACUCGCGCUCCUCCGCCCGCCGCCUGGCACGACGCCUCCUCCCCUCCUCCUCCUCCCCAUCAUCCUCCUCCUCGUCGUCCGCGGUGACGGCCCACGCUCAGGCCUCGUCCGGCCCCGACCUGUGGACCUUGUUGGGCGGGCAGCGCAACGACAUCUUCGUCUACGACAGGUGCGGACGCCUAACGGUGCGCCUUUCGCUGCCCUACUCCUUCCUGGACUUCCCGUACGUGGAGUCGGCCAUCGUGGCCACCCACGCCAAGGAGGUGUGCGGGGCCUGCCCGCCCAGCGGCGAGGCCACCGCCACCGCCACCGUCGCCACCGCCGACGUCGCGAAGGUUCGCCCUGGCGACGGCGGCGGCGUCGGAGGUGGGGAGGAGGCGGAGCGGCCGGCGAUCGUGGACUACGACUGCAAAGACGACGACGACGACAAGAGAACCGAGGCGCACGGAGAAGAAGACGUGGAGACGCGCGGCAAGAUCGACGCGCUGCGACGGCAGCUCAAGAAGUCGCCUCCAAACCACCACGGCCACCACGGCCACCACCACGGGGACGGCGGCGCCGGCAGCGGUAGCCGGUGACCGCUGCCGCCCGGUCGCGUUCGUUUCGGCUACCGGUGAGCGAUGGAGCACGCGGGCGUCGGUGGCGGUGACGGUGGUGACGGUGGUGACGGUGACGGCGUCGCGUGACGGUGACAUUGACGGACGCUCGGCCCUGCGGCCAAAGCGUUGCCGGGCGCCGCCGCCGCCGCGGUCGUGGCGACCGUCGGCUGACGGUGCCGCGGGGCGACGCGGCUGCCGGCGUCGUGCGCCUGACGGGGCGGCGCCGGUGACGUCGGCGGUGACGUCACGGAGGAGACGUGACAGUGACGGCCCCGGGCGACGGUCGCCGACUGACGCCGGACGGGCAAGCGGCAGCAGUUGUGACGCUGAGAGGCGGCGGCUGCCGCCGGGCGGAGCUCCGUGUGACGGUGAGAGGCGGCGGGGGGCUGUCGGGAGGAAUGAAAGGUGGCGACGAAGGACUGACGGUGACUGACGAGCGAAUGAAAGGAGGGAGUCAAGGAAUGAAAGUGACUCACCGCUGAAUGAAAGGAAGGAGUGAAGGAAUGAAAGUGACUGACGAGUGAAUGACAGGAAGGAGUGAAGGAAUGAAAGUGACUCACCAGCGAAUGAAAGGAAGGAGUGAAGGAAUGAAAAUGACUCAGCAGUGAAUGACAGGAGGGAGUCAAGGGAUGAAAGUGAUUCACGAGUGAAUGACAGGAAGGAGUGAAGGAAUGAAAGUGACUGACAAGUGAAUGACGGGAAGGAGUGAAGGAAUGAAAAUGACUGACGAGUGAAUGAAAGGAGGGAGUGAAGGAAUGAAAGUGACUCACCGCUGAUUGACAGGAAGGAGUGAAGGAAUGAAAGUGACUCACUAGUGAAUGACAGGUAGGAGUGAAGGAAUGAAAGUGACUGACGAGUGAAUGACAGGAAGGAGUGAAGGAAUGAAAGUGACUCACCAGCGAAUGAAAGGAAGGAGUGAAGGAAUGAAAAUGACUCAGCAGUGAAUGAAAGGAAGGAGUGAAGGAAUGAAAGUGACUGAUGAGUGAAUGAAAGGAAGGAGUGAAGGAAUGAAAGUGACUCAGCAGUGAAUGACAGGAAGGAGUGAAGGAAUGAAAAUGACUCAGCAGUGAAUGACAGGAGGGAGUGAAGGAAUGAAAGUGACUCACGAGUGAAUGACAGGAUGGAGUGAAGGAAUGAAAAUGACUCAGCAGUGAAUGACAGGAGGGAGUGAAGGAAUGAAAGUGACUCACUAGUGAAUGACAGGAAGGAGUGAAGGAAUGAAAGUGACUCACGAGUGAAUGACAGGAAGGAGUGAAGGAAUGAAAGUGACUCAGCAGUGAAUGAAAGGAAGGAGUGAAGGAAUGAAAGUGACUCACGAGUGAAUGACAGGAAGGAGUGAAGGAAUGAAAGGAGGGGACGAGUGAAUGAAAGGAGGGAGUGAAGGAAUGAAAGUGAUUAACUAGUGAAUGACAGGAAGGAGUGAAGGAAUGAAAGCAGGGGACGAGUGAAUGAAAGGAAGGAGUGAAGGAAUGAAAGUGACUCACCGCUGAAUGACAGGAAGCAGUGAAGGAAUGAAAGGGGACGGGUGAAUGACAGGAUGGAGUGAAGGAAUGAAAGUGACUCAGCAGUGAAUGACAGGAAGGAGUGAAGGAAUGAAAGUGACUCAGCAGUGAAUGACAGGAAGGAGUGAAGGAAUGAAAGUGACUGACGAGUGAAUGACAGGAAGGAGUGAGUGAAUGAAAGUGACUCACCGCUGAAUGACAGGAAGGAGUGAAGGAAUGAAAGUGACUCAGCAGUGAAUGACAGGAGGGAGUGAAGGAAUGAAAGUGACUCAACAGUGAAUGAAAGGAAGGAGUGAAGGAAUGAAAGUGACUCACGAGUGAAUGACAGGAGGGAGUGAAAGAAUGAAAGUGACUGACUAGUGAAUGACAGGAAGGAGUGAAGGAAUGAAAGUGACUGACGAGUGAAUGACAGGAAGGAGUGAAGGAAUGAAAGUGACUCACUGCUGAAUGACAGGAAGGAGUGAAGGAAUGAAAGUGACUCAGCAGUGAAUGACAGGAAGGAGUGAAGGAAUGAAAGUGACUGACCGCUGAAUGAAAGGCAGAAGUGAAGGAAUGAAAGUGACUGACCGCUGAAUGAAAGGCAGGAGUGAAGGAAUGAAAGUGACUGACGAGUGAAUGACAGGAAGGAGUGAAGGAAUGAAAGUGAAUGACGAGUGAAUGAAAGCGAGGAGGGGUCGCGGCUGAGGCCGGGAGAGGUGGGGGCUCGCCUCUGACCUCUGACCCCGCCAACUAAGCCGCCCCCCUCCUCUGAACCUCGCGAGAUGUUGACUCCCUCGCCUGGCACGCAGGAGGUUGUGAGUUCGACCCCGACCCCUCACGACGGACGCCUGCUGGAUGUGUGGGAGUUUGCGGGUCUCUCUCUCUCUCCCCACGUGGUCGCUUGGAUUCUUCUACCGGGGUCUCCGCGCUUAGAGAGUAUUUGUCGGCUGUAAAUUCGUCGGCGGGCUCCCAUCGCUCAAAUUCGUAGCGACCCGCACGUGGGCCGUCGAUUCGUGCCGUUGAAGGGGGAAGGCACCGGACGAAUCCACGCGUCCCACGGGCAGAGCGAUCGAUGGGGGGGGGGAGAGAGAGAGAGGGAGCCACGCAGACCCCCAAAUAUACAGCGGACGACGUCAGGAGGUGGGGUCGGUCGUGAUCGAACCCACGGAGACCUCCUGCGCACCCGGCGAGGUAGUUAACAUCUCGAGCAAAUGAACGGAUGAUGGGUGGGAACGGAACGGAUGACGGUCGGACGAGUGGACGGACGACUCGGAAGUUUGGGUGAAGUUUUGGGAAUUUUUUUAUUAUUUUGCUGCCCCCCCAUUUGGUUACUCGGGGUUAGCCCCCCCCCACGUUCAUCCCUACCCCCCCGCGGGGGUCGCGCACAUGAAGGGGGGAGCAGAAACUACGCCGUAGGGGCUCUCGUCGGAACGGGGGGCGGUCACGGCGGGGGUUGGUCUGUUGGGGGGGGGGGCGCCUUGGGUUAUGGGCAGAGUGGUCGAGUCGGACCACGCACACUCACACGUACACACACAUGUACACACACACGCAUACACACACACUCACACGUACACACACAUGUACACACACACGCACACUUACACAUACACUCACACGUACACACACGCACACACCUACACAUACACACACACUCACACGUACACACACGCACAUGCACACACAUACGCACACACACGCACACACACAUGUACACACACAUGCACACUUACACAUACAAGCACACAUGCACACAUACACACACACACUUACACAUACACACACACACGUACACACACAUACACACAUACGCACGCACUUAAACACACACUUACAUAUACACACACUCACAAGCACAUGUACACACACACACGCACACACUUACACAUACACACACGCACGUACACACACGCACACACACAUGUACACACACACAUACACACACGCACACACUUACACAUACACACACACUUACACAUACACACACACUCACACGCAUGUACACACACGCACUCACACACGCGUACACACGCACGUACACACCCACGCACACAUACACACUUACACAUACACACACACGCGCACACACGCACGCCCAUACACACACGCACACGCGCACACACACACGCACACAUACACACACGCACAUUUACACAUACACGCACGUGCGCACACACACGCACGUACACACACUUACACAGGCACACGCACGCACACAGGCGCACGCACGCACACACACGCACGCACAUACACGCACGCACAUACACACAUGCACAUACGCACAUGUACACGCGCAUACAACGGACACGCACAUACAGUAUAUGACCGAAGGUCGAUGUUUUUUUCAUUUCUUAAUGUUGAUCUUGUUUCCUCGUUGUAGUUCGUGCUGUCGGAUGUGAACCGUUACUCGUGUUGUGAGAGGCUGUCGUGGGGAUUGUGUACACACACACACACGCGUACACACACACGCACACACAUACACACGCACACACACACACACGCGCACACAAAGACACACGCACACACACACGCGUACACACACACGCACACACACACACACGCGUACACACACACGCACACACAUACACACGCACACACACACACGCACACACAAAGACACACGUACACACACACACACGCGUACACACACACGCACACACACACACGCGUACACACACACGCACACACAUACACACGCACACACACACGCGCACACAAAGACACACGCACACACACACACGCACACACAAAGACACACGUACACACACACACACGCGUACACACACACGCACACACACACACGCGUACACACACACGCACACACAUACACACGCACACACACACGCGCACACAAAGACACACGUACACACACACGUACACACACACGCACACACACGCGCGCGUCUCAUCCGCACGCACACGCGUGCAGACGCGUCACGCACACAGACACACAAACCUGUACGCACACACAAACUUGCCAGUGUCACGCGUACACACACACACAAACCCGCACGUGUCACACACACAUGGACACACACAAACCCACGUGUCACACACACAUGGACACACACAAACCCACGUGUCACACACACAUGUACACACACAUGUACACACACACACGUGUAGACACACACGCGUCACACUCGCGUCACACACACAUGUACACACGCACGCGUAGACACACACACACAAACCCGCACGCGUCACACACACAUGUACACACACACACAUGUACACACACACACGCGUACACACACACACGUACACACACACGUGUACACACACACACGCACAUGACCGCUCCCCACGACAUCCCAGCGGACGACACGUACAACUUGUUCUUAAUUCUCUCUCUAGUCCAUGAAGUGGUUUAAACAUUUAAAAACAAAAUAAAAAGAUCGUGGGCGAUAGCGACGGCUUUCUUCUCGCCCCCCCCCCCCCAUCAUGGGGGUGCGGAGCGGGGGAGGGGGUCACACCAAAAUCGUGCGCGAGCCACAGCGGCGAGGAAAUGUUAACUCCCUCGCCUGGCGUGCAGGAGGUCCGUGGCUUAGACGCUCGAUUCCUGACCCCCCCCCCCCCGCUCCCCCACGAGACGUUGACCGCCCGCUUCCAGCCUGGGUUCGAUUCCCCGGUGUGUGGCGGGCGGGCAAAGGGGGGGGGGGGGGGGGUGGCAGGCGAGAGGAAACCGGUGAAAGGUAGCGCCGACACACGUCACGAUCACGCGUGCCGAGGAUGAACCUCCGAGCGGUCGGACGGGACGCGACGGACGGGACGCGACGGAUCGACUGAACUUGACGGAUUCGACCGUUCGAGUCGCGGACGCGGCGGCACCGGCGACCUCCCCACGUGCAUGAAGGGCUCCCGGGAAAAGCGCGACCACGUUACCGGGACUCCGGAUGGCGAGCGAGCGAGUCGCGAUGGGCUCGCCGUGCCGCCGCGUCCGCCGAGGUUGCGGCGGUGGUGGUGGUGGUGGGAGGGCGGCGAUGAAGAGACGCGUGUUAGAGGCUCCCACACCGCUGUGUUGUUGUGUGUGCGGGUGGUCGUUCGGACUGUGUCGGGGGGCCUCAAUAAAAUCUUGAGACGCUGA